UCUGGAGAUUUUAUUAGCUAGCUGGCCCUUUGCAAUUUCGGUAUCUCCGGGAAUGAUUUGAAUGAAGUUUUGCUGAAUAAUUAUUAUUAAUUAAUUAAUUGCACAGCACAAAAAAGUUAGGUGAAUAGAACUGCCAGCUAGAAAUUGAAAAACCAUCUGUAUAGAAAACAUUUAUUUAAAGAUUAUUUCUUAUAAACUCAAAAAUCACAACUGUGUCCAGAAAGAAGGGGCUUCAUUUGGUACGUACAUAUGAAGUGCAAGGCACCAUUUGAAACCCGCGUAUUUCUUUCCCCUUCUAGUAUCCUAUUGUGUACAAAUACGUAUCAUAAUACACUGGAUCUUUGUUAUUCUACUAUAUAAUCUAAUUAUUUUCAUUAUACAAUGGAUCUUGUUAUAGACUUAUAGUAUUAUAGAGUAUACUCUAAUGAUUAGUCCAAUCACAAUAUUCCAUCAAUCCAUUAUUAUAAUAAAGCUUUCAACGUUUUUUUAUUUAAUUUGUCAUCAUAAUACGCUCCUUCAAUUUAGCUAUGGCAUUGUUUGCAAUACAAGUUAUUGCACCAUUCAUUCACCAAAUUAACUAUUUAUUGUAAAUCUAGUGCAGCCACUUAUCUCAAUUCCCUAGUUCAUACAACAUCUGAUAAACUGUUUUCUGAUUGCAUUAACAUGACUGUGAGAAAAGAUGCCACGUCAUCAUCUCCCGAAGCGAUUCUUGAGAAUGUGUGGGCGAAUUUUUUUGGAAGAGAUCAUGAAUAUUACAGCAAUGAGCUUCACAAGGAGUUUGAUGUGUUUCAGUUCUGGAAUGAGAUGCCAACCCUAGAUCAUAAUACAGUACAACAAACAGGGCCAUUUACGACGGAUAUGUUAGAAAGGCUACCAAGUCUAGGCCGAGGGAUGUCUAUGGGAUCCGAAACCAGCUGGGAGACUAUUCUUAGUGAAUGCACAGCUCCUUCUUUGCAUGUUGAAAACAGCCUCUCAACAUUGAAUCAUGAUUUUGAAAGCUUGGAGAGAAAUGAGAGGUUAAGAAAAAACGUUGAAAUCAAAGUUGAGAAGAUAAAUACGAGACAUUAUAGGGGUGUGAGAAGGCGGCCUUGGGGUAAAUAUGCAGCAGAAAUACGAGAUUCCACAAGGAAAGGAGCUAGGGUCUGGCUUGGGACAUUUGGAACGGCUGAAGAAGCAGCUUUAGCUUAUGACAAGGCCGCGAUAAGAAUUAGGGGUCCUAAAGCACACCUUAACUUCCCUCUUGAGAAAAAGACUCAAGGUUCUAGUAACAUUGCAAUUCCAUCAGAAAGUCAUGUUAUAACUAGUUUAUUCAAGAGUGAACAAUUACUUGAUUUUGAUUGUACUUCUUUUGGCUGCAAUCAUAUGCUUCCGGAAUUACCUAAUGAGGUUUAUUUGGCGACGGAGGAGGAACAUGCAAUAAUGAAAAUGGCAGGUUUGAAUGAAGUUUGUGGAGAUGAUCAGUUUGAUAUACUUGAGUUUCAGGAUCUUGGAAGUGAUUAUUUGGAAAGUUUACUAUCUACCUUAUGAUCAGACAGUUAGAAAAUGCAUGUAACAUAUAUCUCAUUCAUACAAUAUUCAGAUUUUAGAUGUGUUAUCAUAUAUAAAGACCCACAAAUAUAGAGCGCAAAUUAAAAUUUAGCAGAAUUUACAUAUAUAGUGGCUUAAAUAUUGGGAACAUGAAAAUUUCUCAAUAUAGUUUGGUCUGGUCACAAUGAAUUUCAUCUCUCUCUUUUUUUUUUUUUUGCGCAAAAGAAACCGUUGAAAAUGUGACUCAUCUCAGAAACUCUAGAUGUUUCCAUAAUUUUAUGUUAUAUAUUGCAUACAUUUAAUCUAAAUUGUAAAAGACAGUGUAUCAAACUAUUAGUUUCUGGAGACUCUAAGAUGUACUA